AUGGAGACAUAUUACGGACACGUCCGCACCCCAGCGGACGCCAUCAUUCUCUUCGAGGCCUGUCGCAUUGGUCUGUUGCCGCGAGUACAGCGUCGACUAUCAGAGAAGGAGCGACAGUCAAUUCGAUCGGGUUCAGUAUUCGUCUGGGAUGAGCGGGAAGCAGGCAUGCGACGAUGGACCGACGGCAAAUCAUGGAGUGCGAGUCGGGUCUCUGGCAGCUUCUUGACGUAUCGUGAGAUGGAAGGCAAGCGUGGUGGAGGUGCAGUGCCCCAGAGUUCAGUAUCACGACCAGGGAAGACGCCGGAGAGCAGAGGUAGCGACGACGAUCGAGGUGACGGAACCGAUGAAGGCCCGGAUGGAUAUCGGUAUAAGCCCGAUGGUCUCAUGAAGCAAUCCUUCAGUAUCACCACUUCCACUGGCCAACACCUUCACCUGAUCAGCUACUACUCUCGCUCUCAUCCGUCCGCUGCCAACCUUCAACAACCAACCACCGAUCCAGCUCUUCGACAUGUUCGGCCUCAAAAAGGUCUGUACCCGGAGUCAACGGUCAACGAUCAGCAGAACCUCCCGGUGGUGACUCGAGGACCGAUGCCUGGCGCUGCCGCCUACCCUAUCACACCUCACCCUAUGGGUGGCUUCCCUCGCACGAAUCCCGGCCACGGUCAGCCUUAUACCCAACUACAUCACCCUUGGCCUCCUACCCCGUUGGCUACUCCACCGACUGUUGCAGUGCCAUACCCCGGUGCUGCCUACCUACCACCUGUUGCUGCAGCUAACGGGUCCCCAUAUGGGCCCCCUCAGCACCAACCUCCACCUCACCUCCCGCCCUCUGCCCAUGGUCUACCACCUCCCCCUCAUGGUAUGGCAAUCCCAUUCGACCGACCGGGCCAUCACGAGGCUGCACUACCCCCAGCGGGUCCCCCAUCAGCUGCAGCUCCCUACCCGGGACGUUCACCUCGAUCCCUGCACCAGCCACCACCUGAGCAGAGGAGUCCUCGGACGUACGGUCAACCAAUCUCAGAUCCGCGCAUGGCCUCACCUAGGAAUCCUCCGGGAUCUAUCUUGCAGCCUAACGGAGCCAUGCACAGCCCACAGUUGCCGAAGCAGACCCCACCCACUGCAGUUCGACAGCUUGGGCCUAUUGGCACUCCCCCUAAACAAGAACCAGGCACCGUGCCUGGUAUCAGUUCGCUCAUGAGCGGCACAUCUCUUGCCCCGAUCACGUCGGCUGGGUCUCCUGCUGGUGGCCCUGGAAGCCCGCCUGGUGCUCGUCCUCCAAUCACCGGCGACGGCCCCCGUGAUAUCCCCAACGACAAGAUCGGGUUCGGAGGAGAGGACGUGCGAGCCCUGCGCCAGCUAGACCGGGUGUUCAUCUAA